CUUCGCUUCGUCUUCCCGAUCGAUUCCCGACUCGAACCGUCGCCUCGCCGCUUCCCAACCCUACCCACCCCCUCCCUACACCACGCGCCGCUGCCCUGCCGCCUCACCGGCGUUGCCGCCGACCUUCCGCCGCCGUCACCCCUCGCCGCCCUCGUGUCCGCGUCAACAGCCUUCUUUUUCCUCUCAGGCCAUACGCCCCCGCGCCGCCCUCCUCCCUCGUGGCGAUGCUUUGCAGGCUUGCGUGAAGGGCGUGCGCAACGAGCUCAGGCGUUGGAUUUCCUGCGCUUAAUCCUGAGCUCGGUUGCUUGAGUCAGGCAGCACAUCAGGGCAUCAACCAGACACCGCUCCGUUUAUUGUGAUUGAAGGCGCCUGCUGAUUUGUUGCGGAAUGUGAAUACGAAUUGCAAUAGCCCUGCGAAAAGAUGGCGUCAGAGGAGUUCAUCAGUCUUGGAGCAGCGCCUUGCGAGGCUGAUGCGAGAGAUGAUGAAGGGGCAAACCUUCAGGCUGAAGCUCCGGGUGCGAAUGGGGUGGAGCCUCCGGCUUCUGAACAGGAACCAGAAGGGGGAUCUGGUACUGUGGGUAGCAGUCCCAAGGUGUCCGACGAGAACAUAGAUCUUGAAGAAGGGCAAGUGGAAGAUAUGGACCUUGCAGACGAUGAUAUAGUUGUUACUAAGCAUCAGCAGGUAGAUGCUUUGGUUCAGUCUGAGGCAAGUGUAGCAGCUGUGCAGACUAUAUUUGGUUUUGAGGUCAAGCUAGACAAGGGUAAUGGGCCCCAAAAUGCAUCAAUUGAUGGGUCGAACAGCAACUCGGUUGAAGAAAGCUCCGCAAGAGGAGUUAAAAGAGCCCGAGUGGAAUCGACCGAGCCUUCAAUUCGUAUCAUUUACAGUGACUUGACAAGGGAAAGCAAAAGAAAGCUCAUGGAAUUGAUGCAACAAUGGUCUGAGUGGCAGGCUAGAACCCAACAUACUAUGAAGGAAACUGCGGAAGAGGUCAUGGAAAGUGGUGAAGAGACUUAUUAUCCAGCAUUACAUGUUGGUUCAGAGAAAUCAUGUGCUGUGUCAUUUUGGGUGGAUAGCCAAGCAAGAGAAAGUGCUGCUGCGGAUGAUGAUUCUGUUCCCCUAUACGAUCGGGAGUUUACCUUGGGCUCAACUCCUUUGGGUGAUUCGUCAAACAUUGAGAGCAGGGCAGAUAAGGAUGAUUCUCGCUGUUUCAACUGUGGUUCUUAUAGCCAUGCUCUGAAGGAUUGCCCAAAGCCUCGUGACAAUGUUGCAAUUAGCAAUGCCCGGAAGCAGCAUAAUUUGAAAAGAAACCAAUCUAAUGUUAACCGUGUACAAAAUAGAUAUUACCAGAAAACUCCAGGCAAAUUUGAUGAUCUGAGAGCAGGAGUACUGGGACCUGAGACUAGAGAGUGCUUGGGGAUCAGGGAAAAUGAUCCGCCUCCUUGGCUGCAUAGAAUGCGAGAAUUGGGUUAUCCUCCAGGUUACCUAGAUGUAGUCGAUGAUGAAGAAAAACCAUCUGGUAUCACCAUAUUUGGAGAUGGUGAGGUGAAGCUAGAGUACGAGGAGGGAGAGCUUCCAGAGCAAGGUGAAUCACCUCCACCUCGGAAAAGGAUGACAGUGGACUUCCCUGGAAUAAAUGCCCCUAUUCCAGAGAGCGGUGACCGCUGGCUAUGGGGCAGCACCCCACCUCAGUCCUCAGGCCGUCACCAUUCAUCAGAUCCAAGGGAGUAUCGCGAUAGAGGCCCUCCUGGUGUUGAUCACUAUUCAUCGAGAUACCACUCCUACGACUACGGGCCAUUAAGCCCAAAUCUCGAAAGGUCACAUUCGGACAGAGGACGGAGAAGCCCCUCCCGCUACGAGAGUUCACCAGCAGAUGAUGGUACCCCGCAUUCGUACCCAAGCAGGCAGUACUCGAGCCAUUACAGCUUGGGCUCGGAGAUGUCAUCGCGUCAUUCCAGAGACAGGCAUGACCGGCACUACCACCACCGCAGGUGAAUCAAACAUGUAGCUGAUUUGCACCAUAUCAAUUGCUGACGACUUCAAGUGGACAUAGCAGUCGUGUUACAGUUUGAGAAGAUCUGAAGUUUCCUUUGCUUCCAUAUAUUUUGUAGCUUGGCCGCUGAUAGCAGGCAUUGGCCUUCAAGUGACUGAGUCCUCCUGUAUUGUAUGUUUGCCUUUUUCUCAUCUCUAACUCCUUGCACAUUUCAUCGACAAUGGUAAAUUGUAGAAUGCAAGUCUUAAAUCUUUUGGGUGGUACGAAAAAGUGGAUUUGUGCGUGUCUGCAAGAGCAGCAGUGAGAUUCUACUCUUCCAUCAGCAACCGUACAGACUAAAGAGUGAAGAGCAGAGGUUAGAGAGACAGAAGGGAUGCUAACUACUGCUCGCUACAUUUCUUUAGCUUUGGCGAUGAUGGCAGCUAGAUUGAGCCGACUGAAUGCUGUCAAACCUACGGCUGGUAAUGUCCAGGAUUUGCCUUUUGAUGCGUGAUCGUGUUCUCCCGAGUGGCACGUUAUCACGAAGGUGAUGUUGUAUGCUAACUGCUUGUUUGUGAGAUGUAGCUGGUCGAGUCAUAAUAAUUUGAUUAAUGUGUGUCACGGAAAACUGUCCAUAUGAAUAAAUUUUGCUGAACUUGCCGUGGGUCGUUUAGGGCCUGAUUGGUUGGUUGUACGAACA